AUGAGCAAUCCGAAUGCCCACCGCAAGAUGACGCCCAAGGGCCAAAUGAGCUCGAGUGGCAUGGGGCCCGCGAUCAUGCACCUGCCGACGCACCUGAAGGUUCUGUUCGAGCCCAACGCGCCGCUCGAGCACCUCCCACGUCUCGUGAAGCGCAAGAUGCCGCCGUACACGGGACUCGCUGGCUUUGCGGACGCCUUUGAGGCAGAGAAACCGCCGCUUCGAGAGGUGCAAGAGACGCCGAAAGAGCGCCGCGAUCGGCGUCGACAGGAGAAGAUGGCGGCCAAUGACGCCAAGAUGCUGCAAGAUCGAGCCAAGCACGACCCGAACGCGGAGGAUCCGAGAAAGACCGAGGACGCGUACAAGACGCUGUUUGUCGGUCGCAUUAGCUACGAGACGACAGAGCAGCAGCUGCGACAGGAGUUUGAGCAGUACGGACCGGUGAAGCGCGUGCGCCUCGUGGAAGACCCGGACGGCAAGUCCCGUGGCUACGGCUUUGUCGAGUAUGACAAGGAAGCAGACAUGAAGGCAGCGUACAAGUACGCCGAUGGUAAGAAAAUUGAUGGGCGACGCGUUGUCGUGGAUGUUGAGCGAGGACGCACGGUGCGGGACUGGCUCCCUCGCAAGUUUGGCGGUGGUAUUGGUGAAACGCGCAAAGGAGGAGCUGAUGUCAACGUCAAGUACUCGGGAAGGGAAGCGAUCGGACAGUUUCAGGUAGGUGCGACGCGAGAGGUCGGAGCGUCCCGGUUGGAUCGAUACGGAGCGCGCGAACCUGCACGGGAGAGUAGUCGGAGCCGUGGACGCGGUGGCGACCAUCGGGAACGACGUCGAUCUCGAUCCAGAUCGCGAUCCCCGGACCGGCGACGUGGUCGUGACCGCAGUCGUGACCGUGAUCGCAGUCGUGACCGUGAUCGCAGUCGUGAUCGAGACCGCGGUCGCGACCGUGGCCACCGUAGUCGCGAUGCCUCGCGUAGGUAUUGA